AUGCCUUUAUACAACAAAAAACCCGUUUUCUUAAUUCUCAUUCCACUCCUCAUGCUUCAUCACAAUUGGAAUUUAUCUUUCGAAUUUCCAAAUUUUCUUGGUCCAUAUACAAACGACAUCCUUACCUACCAAGGUGAUGCCUUUGCAUCUCAAGGUACCAUUCAACUUACUAAAGUAAUAAAUCACACAAACGUGCCAAAUAGUGUUGGUAGAGCCUCUUACGCUCUUCCAUUACGCCUUACCGAUUCCACAAAUGGUGAAGCAAGUUUUAUAACCACAUUCUCUUUUCUUAUUGAAUCAAAUGGAUCAAAUUCCGGAGAUGGAAUUGCGUUUUUUAUUGUACCAUAUAACUCAUCUAUUCCGGAAUCUUCUGGUGGUGGGUAUCUUGGUCUUUUCAAUCCAAAAUAUGCUACAAAUGCUCUUCUAAACGAAAUUGUUGCCGUUGAAUUUGACACGUACCCUAACCAGUGGGAUCCACCCUUUGCACAUGUGGGUAUUGAUGUAAAUUCAAUUGAAUCAGUAAAAACGGUAAAAUGGGGAAUCGAGAGUGUUGAGAGCAUCUUAACAACGGUGAUAGUUACCGUUAGUUAUGAUGCUCUUAUACACAAGUUAAACGUUGUUGUAAGUUAUCCUGAAAAUACGAGGGAUGUUACUACAAUUAGUCUCUCGAGUGAGGUUAAUUUGAAGGCAAUUAUGACAACAGAUUGGGCUAGCAUUGGAUUCUCGGGUGCCACGGGAUUAGUGGACGAAACACACAAAAUUCUUUCUUGGAGUUUCAGCUCUACCAUGCAUUAUAAGUAA